UUCGCUAAGAAGAAGAAGAAGAAAAAAAGGAAAGGAGGAGAAGAACCAGGAAGCUUUAAAAUUGAAGGAAUUGCUUUGAGAAAAUGUGAGGUGCCACCACUAUUUAACAGCACAGUAGAAUGGACAAGGUGAUCAACUGCUUCAGUAAGAGACCUGAUGCCGUGGCCAGGCUGAUAUGCUUCCCAUGGGCAGGUGGAGGCUCCAUACACUAUGCACGCUGGGGGAAAAUCCUCACCUCCAUUGAAGUGUAUGCUGUUAAACUUCCUGGCCGGGAGGCUCGAGCCAAAGAGCCCUUCUUUCAAAGCAUGGAGCAGAUUGUAGAUGAGGUCAUCAAUGUGCUACUGCCGGUGCUCAAGGAGAAACCGUUUGCCCUCUUUGGCCACAGCUUUGGCGCCAUGACCAGCUUUGCUAUAGCAGAUACUUUGAAAAGAGUCCACAAGCUGGAACCAAUUCACAUCUUCCUGUCUGGUGCCUCUGCACCCUACUCUGAGAUGCGUAUCCAAGCCCCAAAGAGAAGUGAUUUAUCAGACGAGGAGUUCCUCCAGUGGAUGACCAGGAUUGGUGGGACUCCCCCCGAGUUACUGGCCAAUCCUGAGGUUGUAAAGCUCUUCCUACCUGCGCUGAAAGCCGACCUCCACGUGGUGGAGAACUACAGGUGUGACAAGCCAGAGAGUCCUCUCCUCUCAUGCCCAGUCACAUGCUUCGAUGGAAAGCAGGACAUGCCUCAUGACUUACAAGCAUGGAAAGACAUAUCAUCUGGAGAUUUUGCAGUGCAAAUGCUACCUGGAGCUCACUUUUAUUUAAAAGAUGCAGCCAAUGAGAAGAUCAUAUUGGACUACAUCACAAAGUAUCUGGAGAUGGCGGAAAUGGACUACUUGUAGCUAUGACGGGCACAGUGGCAGUAAAGGAAAUGUAUCAUGUUAUGUUUUCAUUGUAGUAACACAACCAGUUUUACUUAGUCCAAUAAGCAUUUCAACAAUAGUAUCUAUGCCUUUGAGCAAUAAUGCAAAUGAUGGAAGUAGAGUUUGUUGACCAUGUGAAUCUAGCCAAUGCGUCUAGGAUUUUACGAGUGACGUAAGAUGUAUUACAGCCUAAAAUGGAAUCCAGAGAGAUUGCCUGACUAGUUCUCAAAUCAAAUAAAUAAAAUGUUAUUGGUCACGUA